CCCCCUUCACGCGCAUCAUCCAUUUUUUCCAUUCGCACUGUUUCAUCACUUUUUUCUUUCGCCUCCCGAGCUGCAGAUUUGUGAUUUUCGCGGCCAGUUGCAUGCAUUUUUCGUCUCCCAAAAUGGUUUGCGAGACUAAAAUUGUUGCGGACGAACACGAUGCUAUACCUGGGACCAAAAAAGAGUCGAUGAUGUGGAGCUCCCCUGCGUCCAGCGCGGCUCUGAACCCCGCCGAGGCCAAGGAUGUGCGGAGAGAUGCUGUUUUUAUCCGCGAGUUCGAGCGCGGGGACCAGGGGGAGGUGCGCCGCAUCUUUAGCGAGGGUAUCAUGGAGAGGAUACCCAACACGGCGUUCAGGGGGCUCCGGCAGCAGCCGCGGACCCAGUUUUUAUACGCUCUUCUCACAGUAAUGUGCUUUUUCGUGACCAAAUCUGUCACGCUGACCUGCUGUGCGCCGCUCAUUCUCAUGGGAGCGCGCUACUUCUACAGCAAGAAAGUUAUUCAGAGUUAUCUGGACUGUGCUCUGCACACGGACAUGGCUGACAUAGAGGAUUAUUACAUGAGAAACACAGGCUCCUGUUUCUGGGUGGCGGUGCUCGACGGACGCGUGGUCGGCAUCGUGGCGGCGCAGGGCCGCGAGGACGACAACACGGUCGAGCUGCAGCGCAUGUCGGUGGACUCUCACUACCGCGGCAAAGGCAUCGCCAAGGCCCUGGGUCGUCGGGUUCUGGAGUUCGCGGUGCGCAACAACUACGCCGCCAUUAUCCUCGGCACGACGGCCGUCAAGCUGGCGGCCCACAAGCUGUACGAGUCGCUGGGCUUCCGUCGAACGGGCCAGAGCGAGGACUACCGGCUCCCCGGGAUGAGCCGCUCGCCGCUGGAGAGGCUCUUCUUCCAGAUCCGCUACAGCCGCUACCGCCUGCAGCUCCGUGAGGAGUGAGAGGUGACAGGGAGAGGGAGAGAGAGAGAUGGAGAGGGGGAGAUGGAGAAAGAGAGGGACAGAGAGAGAGAGAGAGAGAGAGAGAGAGCAACAACCUUCCUUCACCCGAGAGCCCCGACCGCAUCCUCUCCUCUGACAGCUUCUAUUUAUUUUGUGUCACUAGAGAUAACUUCAAGUUCACUCUUCUGCUCUUUCAUCCUUACAGUCACUAACGUCUCGACUACUCUUCUGCCUUUUGUUGCUGUUGUUUUUGUAUUAUACUUUUUACAUUUUAAAUAAGAGUUUGUUUCUUUUUCUUCUAUUUUAUUAAUCAAAUUUUUUUUAGUACAUUUAGUAACUUUAGUACCUUUUUUAGUAAAGGCGCCCGUCCCUUUUCAUUGUGGGAUAAAAUAUGAUGGGAUGCCAACCAGGCAACAACCUCCCCAGCCCCUUAAGAUCAUGAGAGUCAGAUCACCCCCCCCCCCCACCCCUUUCAUUUCUAUUCCACUGUGCCCCU